AGCCUCCAUCUGCAGAGAGGGAGUCAGGAGACAUGCCUUCUGGCAGGAGCUGAAGAAGACAGCUGUGUUUGGUGUGGUAUUUUUAAACGCAUCAAUGCUGCUCCAAUCCCCGCGCCUCGCCUGACCUAUUUUUAGUCAGGGCUGGCCAUUGUUCUAUUUCUGUCACCUGUGGGGCCACGCAGUUGUUGAUUCACAUGCAAAUGAAGCUUGUUCCCUCCCCGGACUUGCAUUAGGGCUUCGGCGAGGUGUGUUUCAGGCACACAAGCGUUCCUCAUUUGCACGCUCGGAAGAGAGGAGCAGCAGCUCCGGUUGGACAUCUUUAGAGCCGAGGAUCAGCGGCAACUAGAGGAGGGCAACCCUGCAGAGGGAGCGUGCUCUCGCUGUGCAGAGGAGGAGGCAGAGGGAGGCAGAGAGCCGCCCGCUGAGUGGCUGAGGGGUGGCUCUUGGUGACAGGAAGCAGGAGGCUUGCGAUGAGACCCGAGAGCUGAGUGGAGUAUGCUGCAGACAAUUUACGAGGGCGAGUCAAGUUUCUCCACAACAGAAAGGCGCGUUGGACACCAGCAGCUCUUCUACCAGAGCAAGAUGCACAACGUGAACAACUCAGUAGACAUUAAGCCAGAGGAGCCACUAGCGGUGGAUCACUUGUCCCCACUGGACCUGCGCACAGACCUCAGGAUGCUGGGACCGGGCUCGGACAUGGGACUGUGGGAGAGACAGCUGCAGCAGGAGUUGCUGCUCAUUCAGAAGCAGCAGCAGAUACAGAAACAGCUACUUAUCAACGAGUUCCAGAAGCAGCAUGAGAAGUUGACCCGUCAGCACCAGGCUCAGCUCCAAGAGCACCUGAAGCUCCAGCAGGAGCUCCAGGCCAUGAAGCAGCAGCAGCAGGAACUUGCAGAAAAAGAGCGUCGCUUGGAGCAGCAGCAGCAGCAGCAGCAGAACCAGCAGGAGAAGGAGCAGGAGAGGCAUCGGCGAGAACAGCAUGUCUCCAGCUUGAGCCUCAGGUGUAGGGACCGCUCCCGAGAAAGUGUCACAGGUGCAGUGGCCAGCACCGAAGUGAAGCAGAAACUCCAAGAGUUUCUGUUAAGCAAGUCAGCUAAGGAGCCUGCAAGUAACGGAGCCACUCACUCGUUCAUCCACCACCCAAAACUCUGGUACACGUCCUCUCACCACAUGUCAUUGGACCAAAGCUCUCCACCUCUGGAUGGCACGUCCCCUACUUGUCCGUACACGCUGCCUUCACCUGUAGAGAGCAAGGACGACUUCCCCUUGAGGAAGACAGUCUCUGAGCCCAACUUGAAGGUACGAUCCAGACUGAAACAGAAGGUGGCAGAGAGGAGGAGCAGCCCGAUGCUGAAGAGGAGAGAUGGAAACAUUGUGACGCCUUACAAGAAGCGGGCCCUGGAACUGAUGGACUCAACACCCACUAAAAGUGCUCCUGGCUCAGGCCCCAGCUCACCCAUUGGGGCCUCCAGUGCCUUAGGGGCAGAAAACGGACCCUCCUCUCUACCUACGACCACAAAAACAGAGAGAUGGCCUUCGCAGCCCAGACUGUUCGGAUCCGAGGCCUCCGUGUCCAUGCUGAGCUUAUACACCUCCCCCUCCUUACCCAACAUCUCCCUCAGUCUCUCAGCUGCAACCUCACCCAUUAGUGCUGCCAUGGGGUUAAAGGACAGAUCAGCAGAAAUAAAGCACGGUCUGGCCGCGUACCUCCUGGGUCCUGUGCCGCUUCCAACAGGCCUGGAGUCAAAGGUGAGCCCCAGUCAUCAGGCUCUCCUCCAGCACCUUCUCCAGAAGGAGCAGAUGAGGCAGCAGAAGAUCCUCUCUGGCCAAAGCUCCGCUGCUUCGCACCCACAGUCCCCUCUGGCGAUGAAAGACCGCCCAUCCAGUGGACGGCCUAAACUCCCAAAACACCGACCCUUGAAUAGGACCCAGUCUGCACCACUGCCUCAAAACACGCUGGCACAACUGGUCAUCCAACAGCAGCACCAGCACUUCCUGGAGAGACAAAAGCAGUAUCAGCAGCAGGUCCAUAUAAAUAAGCUGUUGUCCAAGUCCAUCGAGCAGUUACGUCAGCCGAGCGCACACCUGCAGGAAUCUGAGGAAGAGCUGGAGGAGCAAUACAGGGAGCAGGUGGAGAGCAUGCAGGAGGACACACUGCCCCCCAGAGGAGUCAUCAGGAAACACAUGCUCAGCAGUAGCAGCAGCGGCGGAUCUAACGGGAAGCUCCCCGAGGCUCACUGCGGGGUCAUCAAGGUCAAGGAGGAGCCGGCUGAUAGCGAGGAUGAGGCUCUGGCCAAUCAGAGCUUAGAGUCAGAGCAGAGUGCCUAUCUUCACCAGGUCAAAGGACGACUGGUGAUAAGAGCAAUGAUCUGAGAGGGGAAGAAGACGAGGUCUCACACACACUCUCGGCAACAUUCGCAGAUAAGCAAGUCUCUACAAACGUGCAUCUACAUCCUUGUAGUUUACACACACACAGAAAUAUAUCCAUGCACAGCGGGUACCGGCCGGCUCUGCUCGCGGCGUCACGUGACCGUGUUUCACUGCAGCCUCACUCGUUCCACACUCUUUUUGUGGUCUUUGUGCAGUGAUCUCUGUAAAAUAUGUAUGUUUCACUCCUCUGUAUAUAAUAUGAAGAUAAUUUAGACUUUCUUUUUAAAGAGCUGCUUUCAUCAUCUCAACUCUGCCCC